GCGUCUAAAUCUAUGAAAAAAAGUUGCCCACCGUGAACAUUUGCCAUCUCUUCAUUCCACCUUCUGCUCUAUUCAACUUCUUGAGGUACGGGAUAUCAAGCCGGUGGCAAUCGGGCACAAUGUUAUCUGCUACGAGGGUCCAAGGAGCUUGCCCCCAAUGCAGACUUCGUCUGCUCAACUUGUUUGAAAACGGCUUUGCUGGUUUGCGACCCGAUCCACCGCGAUCAUUAUCCCGGCCGAUAUCCAACGUUAGAAGUCUAUCACUCGGGCGGAAGAAUAAUGUCCGCUUCUUCUCAACAACAAAGCGCAAGCUUCAGGAUGUUCAACCUACAGAGACUGAGUCGCAACCAAGUGAUAUCGAAACCACAGUACGACAGGCAAAGCACGCAUUUGGCGAUACUUUACCAAAAGGCUAUUUGAACGAAGAGGAAUACAAGCUUUACGAAAGGCUGUAUGGUGCUCCUUUACGAGAGACCCGACCAGAAGAUGUAGGAAUAUCCACUUCUGAGUUCCAAACUGAAGACUUGCCGCGAGACCUGUCACAAAAGGUACUGCUUCGGGAAACAGAGGAUGGAACGCUAGAGGAAUUCGUAUACGAAACGGAUGUCCCAAUCUCCCCCCCAGAAGAGUCGAGUGAAGAAGCAACGGAUCUUUCUCCAGUUGAGGCUGCAGAAUUGGACGAGUUACCAUCCGAAGCCGGGUUGACUUAUAUAAAUGCCGUGGCUAAGAAUGAAAGAGAAUAUACUGCCUUGUUGAGGCUACAAAAAGAUUUUGAAACCUCUAGAUUGCGAGCCGCGGAAGAGGACGAAGUCGAUGACGAAGAAGAAGAUCCGGCAGAUGAAGAAGAAAUGGAGGAGGAAGAAGAUGAAUACGAAGACGAGCCAGAUGCAAGAUUUCAACCUUCGAUGAACCGCGUUCACGAGUACACGAGAAUAGGUGAAUGGGGACCCUAUCCUAGUACUCUCCACCUUCCCAAAGCAGAUUUUGUAAAUCCCAUUGGCGAAUUACUCAAUCGAACAGAUAUCAAGCAUGUCAAAGAAACGGCAGAGAAAGUCUUUGGCGGUGUUGGGCUGCCUCAUUCAGUUGCUACUCCCCCGGCGAGGAAGAAUGCGCCACAGAAUCCAGUAGCUAUGGAGGCUAGUCACCACAAGAUGAGCGAGAUUGAAGCCGAUGCUUACAUUGCAACAAACUUACCGGGAAUGUAUGCGUCUGUUAUGAGCAUACUAGUUGAGAUUCGAAAGCGUCUAGGCUCGGAAUGGGUUUCUAAACUCAUAUCUAGAAAUAAUGGCGAAGGUCCUCGCGUGCUCGAUGUCGGUGCAGGUGGAGCUGGUCUGGCAGCCUGGGAGCAAGUUUUGCAAGCUGAAUGGGAGAUUAUGUCCGAAGGGGGGAAGAGACCAAAGCAUGGACCACCAGGAAAGAAAACAGUUGUGGUUGGAUCUGAACAUUUACGCCAACGAAUAUCGCGAUUUCUCGAUAAUACCACAUUUCUCCCUCGGCUACCCGACUAUGUGCACUCUGGUCACCAACCCGACCUAUUGGACUCUGGCGGCAACCCAUUGCCCAAAAAGAAAUUCGACGUCAUUAUCGCUUCUCAUCUGAUGAUGCCCAUAAAAAGAGAGUUCCAACGCAAGGCCAUGUUGGAUAAUCUGUGGGAAUUUCUGUCGCCUGAAGGCGGUGUCCUGAUCGUGAUGGAGAAAGGCCAUCCACGGGGUUUUGAAGCGGUAGCAGAUGUUCGUUCCCGACUGCUCAACGAAUUCAUUGUCGCGCCCGGCUCUGGUCCUCUCCCCGAGUCUAUUGAAACAGAGGACCAACGAGUCCGCGAAGACGGCAUGAUUAUUGCUCCUUGUACCAAUCAUAAGGCAUGUCCCAUGUACUUGACACCAGGACUCAGUGGUGGGAGAAAGGAUUUCUGCCACUUCAGCCAACGAUACAUUCGACCAGCGUUUCUCCAGAAGGUGCAUGGAAGCACGCAUCGUAAUCACGAGGAUAUUAAUUUUAGCUUUGUCGCUAUUCAACGUGGAAAAUUACCUGACAUGGAGGCAACCCCCGUCCCUGAGGAUGCAGCAGAUAUGGCUGAGAAUGCCUUCAAGGGAUACGAGAAUGCGACGGAACAGCCCAAUCCACUAGCACUCCCUAGAAACAUUCUCCCUCCUCUUAAGCGCCGUGGUCAUGUGACGCUCGACCUCUGCACACCCCACGGAAAGAUCGAGAGAUGGACCGUUCCUAAAAGUUUCAGCAAGACGGCAUAUCACGAUGCGCGCAAGGCGCAGUGGGGAGAUCUUUGGGCUUUAGGGGCCAAGACCAGAGUCCCUAGGAAUAUCCGACUCGGAAAAGGAGGCCCGGUACCUAAUGACGGCGGCGUACGGGCUCGCGCGGCUCAGGGAGGAAAUAAACCAAGAGUCAUUCAUCUUUCAGCCAACUCGGGCGGUAUAUACAGCGCUCACGAGAAAGUCAAGGUGCACGGCCCCGCGGAGAGGAGGACUAAAGGAGGGAAGAAGGCGAAGGUACAGAAUUUGCUGAAGGAGCUUCGCGAGGAUGGAUUCAGCUAAACAAGGUCACAAUUGUGAAAAGUCAAAGCUUGCGUCAAACCUCCCAGAAAUUGUAUUAUUACUUAUAAGUCUCGCCAACGACAUGUAUAUAAGCCGGGAAAGAAGUCUGUUGUAGUCACAACUUAGUCCAUUCAGGAAUUGCCGUCGAGGAAAACGCAAUAUCAACCCAGUUAAACUAUUCAUGCGCAUCUAGUAUUCGGGUAUUUGAACAUAAAUGAAUAGAUAAUUUACCUGACGC